AGUCAGUUCCCUGUAAGAGGCCAGUCAGUCAGCAGGCGUCCGUGGCGGCAGGCGCACCACACAGCAUGAAGAUCCUUUGGUUAUCGUUGCUACUGGCCGGCCUCUGCCUGGCGAAGGAGAAAGAGGCGACCGAUGACCUUCAGGAGGUAGAGGGAAGAAGGCUGCAGAGGGCCGGCGGUGAGACUCUGUGCAGCGGGUGUUCGAGCGGCGGCGAUAAAACCUCCUCCUCGUCCGUCGUCGUGCCCAACAUUCACUUGCCGAACAUUCUCGGCGACAAAACAGAUCUCAUCCACCAAGCCCUCGGCACGGCCAAUGACUACGUAGGACACGUGGAGGACCCAGCCAGUGACUUGCUCCUCAAGAUCGGCGACCUCAUCUCCUUCUUCGGCUCAGCCAGCAGCGGCACCUCCUCCCUGAAGCCGGGUCUGGACCUGAGCGGGAACCACGGCCUUGACACCAUCGACCUGGGGUCAAGUCUGGGGGGCCUGACAGGGGGUCUCGCCGCCGUGGAAUCGCUUGGCUCGCUCAUCUCCAUCUUCCAAACCCUCAAGGCUAAGCUACUCCACACGAUCUCUGCAGGCCUUCAGAUCGCCAACAUCAUCCUGGCCAUCAUCGGCCUUGCCAUGAUCAUUGGUUACGUUGUCGAGAAUGACGGUAAACUCGGAGUUCUGAGCUUCGGUCUGACUGGCGAAGACAGCGAAACCGACACUGGCUAUGGCUCCUCCUCCGGGAGUGGUGGCUACGCCCGCUCCCUGUCGGAGAGCCCCGUGGUGCAAGGACUCACCAACCUGGUGUAUGAUGCCAUCAGCAAGUACGAUUAACUCUGCUGGUAGUCACGGCUGGUGAGGGCGAGCCUUCCUUGCACUGCCCAGACUUCCAAGCCGCGUUUUUGGUGUUAUUUAUUUUGGUAUUUAUUCAUCAUUCAUUAUUGUCCCCACUGGAGGCUGGACCUCCACUGGGCGACGAAACACAGUCCAUAUCACCACUCGACGACCCACGCGACCAAAGACUUUGAGAUCCAGGUGUAACACAAUCUCAAGCACGCUCAGGCACCUCGGAUGACACGACUACAGCAAGACUCAAAGACCAACGACCUUGACCCUCCCCGACCCCUCCUCUGACGCGUCUCGCCUGUCUCGGGACCCUGACUGACCCAAUGACCUGACUCCAUGACCUUGACGUACCUGAAGCUUGGUAUAAGUGAUCAGAUUAGACAGUCAUGUACAUAUCCUGUAUAUUAUCACUUCACUUCAUACUGCGUCCCGCCGCGUCGCCAGCGCCCCUGAAGCCACUCUCCACCACAGGGGGGCGCGGCGCCGCGGCCGACUCCACAAGGUGACUCUCUACGACUAUUGAGACACUCGUUUUAUUUUUUGUAUCCAUUCGCUGCUAUCAGCUAUAUUUUUAUAUUUUUAACAAUCUUAACAAUACAAUAAACUGUUAUGUAUACAAA